AUGCUCUACGAACUCAUAGGAAUUGUCCGGCCCGGCCAUCUCGCCGAAGUCAAAGAGAUCGCCCUGACAGCCGGCCAGACGAUCCUCCGCAGCGGCGGCGUCGUCCGCGGCCUCGCCAACUGGGGCGUCUUCGCGCUGCCGCGGCCCAUCACGCGCGCCCAGAUGAAGCACAAGGAGGGCCACUACUUUGUCAUGCGCUACGACGCCUCGGCCCGCGCCCACCAGACCAUGCGCUCGACCAUCAGCCUCGACCCGCGCGUCAUCCGCAGCGCCCACGUCAAGGUCGGCGACGGCAAGCUCAGCAGCAUGGCCCGGUUUGGCGCCAUCAAGUGGGACGUCCGCGACGAGUAG